AUGGGAAUGUUUGGUAUAAUAAUUAUGGUUAUAGAAAAUGAACUUUCAAGUGCUGGUGUAUAUACUAAGGCGUCAAUAUAUUCGCAGGCGUUGAAGACGCUUAUAUCAAUGUCGACUGUGAUUUUACUUGGCCUAAUCGUCGCGUACCACGCUUUAGAAGUCCAGUUAUUUAUGAUAGACAACUGCGCUGACGACUGGCGGAUAGCAAUGACGUGGCAGCGGAUAGCUCAAAUUGGCCUCGAGCUUGCUAUCUGUGCCGUACAUCCUAUCCCUGGUCAAUAUACCUUUACCUGGACCACAAAACUUGCAAACAAAGGCGGAGUUAUAGGCGUUGAAGUAGUUCCUUAUGAUGUCACGCUGUCUCUGCCGAUGUUCUUUCGACUCUAUUUAAUAUGCAGGGUCAUGUUACUUCACAGUAAAUUAUUCACAGAUGCUUCGUCCAGAAGUAUAGGAGCUUUAAACAGAAUUAAUUUUAACACUAGAUUUGUCUUGAAGACACUUAUGACAAUUUGCCCCGGCACCGUGUUACUAGUUUUUAUGGUAUCUCUUUGGAUAAUCGCGAGCUGGACUCUUCGGCAGUGUGAAAGGUUCCACGAUGAAGACCAUGCCAAUUUGCUAAACUCAAUGUGGCUGACAGCUAUAACGUUCCUCUGUGUUGGCUACGGUGAUAUAGUCCCCAACACUUACUGCGGCCGUGGCAUUACCCUCACCUGCGGUAUGGUGUCAAACUCUUUAAUUCCACACGGAUUCCCUCUCUUUCUUCUUUCGUUUCAUUUCUUUUUUACAUCUAAUCCACUACGCCUGUUUCACGAUGAAGAACACGCUAACCUACUGAAUGCGAUGUGGCUUAUUGCGAUUACCUUUCUCUCCGUCGGUUUUGGUGACAUAGUGCCAAACACAUAUUGCGGCAGAGGUAUUGCUGUUAGCACCGGCAUUAUGGGAGCUGGAUGCACAGCGUUAUUAGUCGCGGUUGUUUCAAGAAAAUUAGAAUUAACUAGAGCCGAGAAGCACGUUCAUAACUUCAUGAUGGACACACAGCUUACUAAAAGAGGGGCGGGAUGUACAGCAUUAUUAGUGACCGUUGCUUCGAGAAAAUUAGAGUUAACUAGAGCGGAGAAACAUGUCCAUAACUUCAUGAUGGAAACCCAGCUAACAAAAAAGCUGAAAAAUGCCGCUGCCAACGUGCUUCGGGAGACGUGGUUAAUAUACAAACACACGAGGCUUGUCAAACGAGUCCAUCCUGGGAGAGUGAGAACGCAUCAAAGAAAAUUUUUAUUAGCUAUUUAUGCGUUACGGAAAGUAAAAAUGGAUCAGAGGAAGCUGAUGGACAACGCCAAUACUAUUACAGAUAUGGCAAAGACCCAGAAUACAGUCUACGAGAUUGUUUCGGACAUGAGUACGAGACAAGACACCAUUGAAGAGAGGCUGACUAGUUUAGAAGAAAAACUUACUUCAUUACAGGAACAAGUAAAUAAUUUACCAGAUGUAAUGGCUCGGUGUCUACAGCAGUGUUGGGAACGGGCGGAGCAGAGAAGAAAUUUCCUGCAUCCCGACACUGCUGCUGUGCCUACUCCGCCCUCAUCUACUAUUACGCCUUACACCAGAACGCUGGCGACAGCGUCACAUCCCUGGCCUCCAAGCCCAGUGCUGCAGCCGGCGGGGCGAACGCAUUCAGCUCCAGAGAGCACGACGACGCAUACGCCUUCACCAGCGCAGCCGCAGCCUUCUAGCCCCGCUCCACACGCGUCUCGGCCUCCUCUACCCAGCUGAGUACCGCCUUCCAACUCCGAACUCCUGUGCUGAACUCGACGAAACUCGGCGCCCGUCCUCUGACCCCCCCUUCAUGACUACGCCCGAAAGAGGUUGUCGGGGAAGUUGUUUUACAAUGGAAGACAGAGAUUUGAAGAUACUAGUUCAAUGAACGCUUUGCACGAAAAAUAUUAAGUUUUUACCCCGAUAUCAAGCAAAAAUUACGCAGAAUUUGCUAUUGAAUUACAAUAUUAAUAUCACUAAUAGCACGCGAUACGAAUAAGAAUCUACUGACUUUUCAUAUUGCCAUUUUAUCUCAUGUUUCCUCCAUAAAACUGCAAAUCAAAACGAACAUUUACUAUGUGAAGAUUUGUAUUUUUAUACCGUCAUGAAACAAAUCCGUUUAUUGAAACUAUUUUCGACAUCUUUAUCUUACGUUGGGUGACGAACGGAAAAAGUGAAACGAUUUUCUCGGCAUACCGAAGGACCACGCCGCGGUGCGAGACAAGGUCAGCCGUAGUUUUCUUCGCUGUUCCCCAAAGUUUCGGAUGUGCCAGACUGUUUUCUAGUGAUAUUGUUUAGAUAGUGAAAAGAAAUGAGGCGGUACGGACUUGCUGUUGUGAUUAUACAAAUGCUUUAUCGAUAGACGCUUUAGCUAAUUACGUUAGACGAUAUUUUGAAUACAUUAUCGGAAUUAGUAUAGAUAGUUAUUACCAACACGUCUGUUCACGUUUUAUCUGAUGUUCGAGGAACCAAUAACACUGUUUUAUAAGCUGAGUGUGUUUUUACUAAGGUUUUUGUGAACGCCACCGAUAUUGUGACAUUGAGAAGUCUUUGGAAACGAAUUUAAGAGUAGUCACUUUCAUAGAUUUCUUAAUGUACAGACACAUAGCAGUAAAAAUUAAUAUAGUGACUAAUGAAAUAGUUAUAUAACACAUAGAUUUGCAUUUAUAUUUUGCAGUCAAUAAAUAAACUGACUGUAUAGGCAUUUACUGUAAAGUACACGUCGUAGUCACUAUACAUUGGUUUCGGUUCAUUGUAUAAGUAUAUAACGUAUGGAAAGUAACACGAUUUGGAAUAAUUAUAUCACAAUGCCAGACUUAGCUAUGAAAUAAAAACUAUACGUUACUCCAUCUACUUUAGAAUUGUAAAUGUCACCUUCGAUAGUAUUCGAACAAGAAUCGAAAUAUAUUUUAUACAUAAAUAAUAAUAUAAAACAGUAAUCUGAUCACAUUAUUUGCAAUAUAUUUUAAAUACUUAAUACUCUCUAAAACAAAGUUUUAUUGAGGUAAUCCGUAAGUGAACUAUGUUUUACAGAGAAAUCGGAAAAAAAUUAAAUAAUAAAUUUUGAGAUCAGAUUAUGGCUACGUAUGACGUGGCUUAACGUAAGCUAAGUGUGUUUCCAUUUGCAUUGUUCGAACACUAUCGAAAUGUGACAUUUGCACAUAUUCUAAGAGAAACCUGUAUACACACUUUUAGAUAUAUGAUUAGGUAAUUGAAUUGUUACUACCUGCCUAUUGACAUGUAGAUUGUAAACAAUUUUUUCUAAGAGUUAGAUUAAGUAAAGCUUUGUAUAAGACAUAAGAUUGAUGGCUGUCUAAAUAGUGCCUAAAACACUACGAAAUUUCGAUAAUUCAGUUUUAUUAUCUUAAUAACUUAUGAAUGUAAAUAGGUAUUCUAAAAUUUGAGAGCGUAAUAUUUAGUAAAUAUCUGAAUUUUGUAGCUGUACGUGUUGUAUGAUGGGAUCAAUUUGUUUGUACAUUUUAGUUUUAAAAUUUUUCCUUCUCUUCAUGAUGUUUGGUUGGUAACACUUACUUGAAAGACUAAUGGAAAAUCGGAUAUUGCAUUAACAUAAGUAUCAAAACCGAUGAGGAUUUUGCUCAAAUAAAUCUGCACUGAUUUUUCAUGUCCCGAUUGUAAAAUAGCAGGUAUAUUGGCACGCAUGUACGAAUAACACUUAAAUAGAAUAGACCAAUUUCUAUAAUUAAUAUAGAAAUAGAUGAAAUCCAAAUAGAUUUAAUGAAAUAUUUACAUUAAUGAGUAUAUUAAAGGAUUGCAUAUAAACACUUUUGAAAGGCCCAAUUGAAGGCACAACUUGUCAGGAAACACCUUGGUAAUGCAGGAACCAGAACUAAAAAUAAAACUAAUUUAAAGUUUUCUUUUAAUACACAAUUUGAAUAAAAUGUCAACCAAAUAAGAGUAAAAAUUAAUCUCAGAGAAUAUUUCAUUAGAAAUGUUAAUUAUGAUUAUUUAUUUAGAUUUUAUAUUUUCUUUGCUAUUACGGCUUUUUCAGACAAGCAAUAAGGUUGAUAUUUGGAUGACAUGAAAUUUCCAGAGUAAAAAUAAUUAAAUACACUAUUUGGUUGCCUAUGCGUCGAGAGAAUUUCAUACCGAACCAUAUUUUUAUUAAUUUUUUUGACUUAAAACCUGUAAGUAGCUAGGGUAAUGAAUAAUCCUAUAAAAAUAAUUGUUCGUAAUAAUUAUACAAAAAAACACCAACUAGUAUAUUUAGAUAUACGACAGAUUAGUGUAGAAAUAAAAAAAAAUAUUUCCUGCAUUAUAUUUAUUAUUAAAAUAAUAAUCUUACCCAUCUUAUUAAAACUUUUCCUAAAAUUUUUCAUAAACAGUGUUUUAAAAAAAUACUUUCUAUAUUCCCUAGUAUUAACUACCUCGACCUUUUUACACGUCAUACAUACAUUACCUAAUGUUUACCUAAUUACUGCCACUUUAUAUAUUUCGCCUUUAAUUAUACAUUUAUUUUCUCCUAUCUUCUAACUAUAUCAUUCUAAAAUAAUUAAAUGUAAUAUCAUUAUUCGAAUUAUUUUUCUCUUGUCCGAUUAUUUUCUCAAUAUCUUUUCCUGGCAAAUUCUAAAUCCAAAUACGCACAAUAAUAUAAUAUGAAAGUGGCAUUUUAGUAAAACUAGGUAUUUACAUUAUCGGUCUUUACUUAACAGUAGCCUAACGAAUUGUCCCCAUUAUGAAGAAUUUUAAAAAUCUAGUCACUAAGAAUAAUUGCUUUAUAGUCUGUUUUGUCUAGGACAGUGAUUCACAAAAGUGUUUGCACUAAUUAUAUUAUUAUUAUUAUAUUUUAUCAAUUCUCGUCUAUUCCUACCGAAUAUCCUAGUGUAUAAUUUAUACCUUUCCAUGAUAUUUAAAAACAUAAUUAUACCUAUCGAACACUUUUGCGAGUGAGUCCCAAUUUUAGCUAAAUUUCAAAAUAAAAAUAAAACUAUUUAUUUAUAAAUAAGAAUUGACCAAAAUGUUGUUUAAGAAACGUAGAAUUUGUAAAUAAUAAGCGAAAAAUCAGUAAGACAUUAUGUAUAAAUUAAUAAUGUAAAUACCAGUUGUAUUUGCGAAUUUUAAUGUAAAUAAAGUAAAAAAUAAUAAAAAUACGGUUCCAGUAAAAUUAUUUUUAAAUAAUACGUUCAAUUGUAUAAUGAAAUUUUAAGUUGUAUGCCAACGGAAUGUUCUAUGCGGUGCGUAAACAAAAGAUAUGAAACUUUUGUGAUCAUUGUUGAUGAAAUGAAAGUGUAACUUCGAUUAUAUGAGCUGUAGUAUUUUUUAAAUUGAUUUUUAUUUACACCCUAUGCCUGAAGUUGAAAAUAAACUCGAUAAAAUUA